GUUUGCCUGUCCUGCUGGUUGGGUCCGUGUCACUAGGAGGCGGUCGUUAGUUCGUCUACAGAAGAAGAUCGUCACAGCUCCUGCUGGCUAACCACAUCAUAUCCGCCGCACAUCAACACAUUGAACACAGCUACAGAAAGUACUACACGCAGAAAUGGAUGGGAAAGCAAGUGACCCCUUCAGCAGUGAGGCAGAGCAGCUUCCUGGGGCAGGAGUAGUGGGGAGGCUGUGGCUGCCCAAAGGUCUGUCUGGUAGUGUGAUUAAGGAUUGGGUGGACCGCAGGAGGAAGUCCAUCCGUCCGUGGGCCAGUUUUGUGGACCAGCGUAAGUUCUCCAAACCUCGUAAUUUUGGAGAGCUGUGCCAGCGUGUGGUGAGGAACCUGAACACCUUUCACAGCAACUACACCUUCAUCUUCCUGGGACUCAUCCUCUACUGCAUUAUCAGUUCCCCAAUGCUCUUGAUUGCUUUGGGAGUGUUUGCUGGUGCCUUCUAUAUAAUUCACUUGAAAACGCUGGAAAAGAAGCUGGUUGUUUUCGGUCGUGAGUUGACUCAGGGACACCAGUUAGGUUUAGCAGGAGGGGUUUCCUUCCCUGUGUUCUGGCUCGCAGGUGCAGGAACUGCUGUGUUCUGGGUACUAGGUGCUACACUAGCUGUUAUCGGGUCUCAUGCGGCAUUUCGUGAGCUGGAGUCGUCUGACAUAGAUGAGCUGCUCAUGGAACCCGUUUAAACCUCUCACCUUUGACCUUUUGGCUCAUGUUAACCUACAAUGUCUUGCCUCAUCUUUUAUAUUGCCACAUAUUGGUUGCACUAAUUAAAAAAAUAUCAGUUUACUCACAGAUUGGCCAGAAAUGCGGACUGUUCAACUGACAUUGCCCUAAACAGAUCAAGCACAUUGAAAGACCUCAAUUGCCUUUACUGGUACCUAUUGAAUAUCAUGUUCAUUUGUUACAUUAUUUAUUUCUACAGCAUCCUUAAAGCACAAACUAAAUGGACUGUGACCCAAAGCAAAAAACAAAAUCCAGUUUUCUUCAACUUAUACUAUCCUUAAAGGCAUAGUUGAACACACAAGAAAAUAUUUUGAAAAAAUCAAUAAAUCAUUUAUGUCACAGAAUAUGGUUUAUACAGGUUUGGUAUGACAUGAGGGUGAGUAAAUCACCCUCUAAAGGUUUUCAGAUCCUCUCGCACUAAAGGACAAAUAUAAGGAAUUGUUUUUGAUCAAAACGUUAUGCUAGAUCAUCCAAAAUAGCAAGGAAAAAAAUCAGACAAGAAGAAUGUACUGUCUUGACAGUUUGUUUGAUUUAUAGGGUACCGAUCAUUACAUAAUCAUUUGUCUUAAGCUAUAUUUAGCUCAUUUGUUGUUACAUCAGUCUUGUUAGGACAGCUAGCGCAUGUAUGAUUUAAUAACAGCAUGUGUCAGCAAAGACAAAAAUGUAUUAUUGCUAUUCAGUGUAAUCAGUUUCUGAUGCCAAUAUUCCCAGUGGAAGUUUUUAUAUGUUCUCUCAUUUUAUGGAAAUGUUUGUUUAUCGUCUUUUAUUUUACAACUUGCUUCUGUUAUAUCAGUGAAUGGGAAGUGCAAUAAAAUGCUCAGCCUGUACAAUA